AUGGGCAAAAAAAGACGCGGUCCCUCUCUCGAGGAGCUUCUCGAUCGCCCAUGGUGCUACUACUGUGAACGUGACUUCGAUGACCUAAAGAUUCUCAUCUCUCACCAGAAAGCUAAGCAUUUCAAGUGUGACAACUGCCAUCGCAGACUGAACACUGCCGGAGGUCUGUCCGUGCACUUGAGCCAGGUCCACAAGGAGCAAUUGACUCAGGUCCAAAAUGCGCUGCCGAACCGCAUGGGCGUCGAUAUUGAAAUCUUUGGCAUGGAGGGUAUUCCCGCGGAUGUCCUCAAAGCCCAUCAGCAGCGUGUCGCUUCACAAUUCCAGCAGGCUGAGCUGGAUCGCCAGCAUGCGACAGGCAACCCUCCUACUGGCGCCUCUUCUGGCGGCCAACCGGCCAAGAGGCCCAAGCUUGAACCUGUCUCAGAGCUCAAGAAGCGACUGGCUGAACACAAGGCCAGGCGUGCUGAGGCGCUUGCGGGAGGUAGCAGUGGCGAUGUGACACCCUCUAGUGCUGCCCAGUCUACACCAACACCCAGUGGAUACGCACCAUCGCCUCAGAUCGCAGCCACUCCGCAAUACUCCUACCCUCAGCCCUAUGGUGGUCCUCCCACCGCCAUGACACCUCAUUUCUCGCAGACUGGCAGUCCUGUCUAUUCAAGCUACUCCCCAGUUGGUGGACACCAGGUCCCCGGUGCCUCGCCCUACACCCCCUCCGGAUACCCCUCGCCAUUUCCCGUCGGACUUCCUGCACAGCCACCAGUCUCCUAUGGGGCUCCCCCUUACCACCAGCAACAGCCUCCACCAUCCGAUAGCAGAUUCAUGGGCCUGCCGGCCGCAUCGAGCCUUCCUCAGCGUCCUGCUUUUGCUGUGCCUUCAGUCAACGCGCACGAAAUGCAACAGAUGCACAUGGGACACGUCCCCCCACCCCCGCACCUUCUGAUUUCAGGUGCAGCAAAUGAUGCCGCCUCGAAGACAGAGGGUAGCAGCAAGCCCAAGAAGGAAAAGACCAAGCCCGCGAUCCGAAUGAUUUACAAUGAUGAUACGCUUAGUCCCGAGGAAAAGAAGGCGCAGCUACCUCGAUAUGCAUACGUCCCAGACAAAAGCACGCAGACCGUCCUCGGCGAGAUCCCCGGCAAUGCAAUUGUGGGCGCCAUUCAAGACUCCGACACGGUGAUCGACCCGGCCCAUUAA